AAACUACUGCAUACUCUGGUUGAAAGAUACCUAUUAGCGGGUGCUGUUCCGCUGUUUCCCUGCCUGAGUAUUUUUUUGCUGAAUGUGAGUAAAUCUUCGUGAAAGUACUGUAGGUCGCUACACCAGCAGCUGAUGAAUACCGAUGAUAAGGAAUGAGCUACGCGGAAGCUCAAAGAGGAAGUCCAGCUAAAAAAAAGUUGACUAAACCUUGUUAGCUAGCAACGCAGCUGUGCGUCUUUAUGUUCAGAGGAGUGUAGCAAACAUUGAACUUGAUGACAGCAGAGAGAAGCCGUGUGAGAUAAAUACACAAAAUGGAGGAUUCCAACAGCAGCAAGCCUGUCAUGGUAACAUCCUCCCUGAACUUCAAAGUCACCACCCCAUCCUUCUACAACCAGCCAAAGAAGUUUGCCUCGGUGGCACCACCACGGCCCAAAAGCCAGACGCCUCCCUCAGCUCCAUCACCAACACCAGUAGGCACAGGCGUGAUUGGUCGAGUGGGAGAUCUGCCUCCGCCGCCACCUUUGCUCUGUGAUGACUUCCCACCCCCUCCUCCCCCUCCACUGGAUGACGACUUGCCAGCACCUCCCCCCGAAUGCCAUACCUCACCCACCGCCUCUGACGUCCCCCCUCCCACCUUCCCCGCUCCACCUCCAGUGGCAGAUGACCUGCCCCUCCCAGCUCCCCCCGAGGAGAGUGCCUGUCCACCCACCUGCCCCUCUCCCCCUCCUCCCCCACCUCCUCCGCCUCUCCCUGCAUCCGGUACCAGUAUUCCCAGUGCUGCUGGGAACCCACAGAGACUGAUGGAGAAGCAGACUAGUUUCGAUCAACAGCUCGACUCUCUUACUGACCUGCUGUCUGAGAUGGAGACCAGGGGACCUUUUAACCCUAAGUUACCAAGCCAGUAUUCUUCAGCACCAGCACCCAAGCCAUUAGCUCCUCCCCCGACCGCUCCCAAACCCGCCCUCUCGUUCCUCCCACCUCCCGAGAUGGGAGACCGCCCGCCUCCAGCACCAUGGGCCGAAGAACUCAAAGCCAGAACGAACCGACAAGCCAAUCACAACUCAGCACCAAACUCUGCUGCUCAGCCGUUCACUAAGGCCCCAACUGUGGCUCCCAAGACUGCUUUUGGAGGGAGAAUCGCAACUUCAUCCACCUCUUUGGCACAAAAACUGAACCAGAAUCUGAACCAGAACCCCACCCCGGCAACAAAACCUUUCACUCCCUCUGCUGCCACCUCUUUCCCUCCACCUCCCGCAGCUCCCCCAGCUCCCCCUACUCAGCCAAACAACACCGCUGCUGCCCCGGCCUCUAAUCACAUAAAGAGUUCUCCCUUUGCUGGCCAUGUGAAUGCAAACCAAAACCCUCCUGCUGCUGUGCCUCCUCCUCAACCCAAGGUGAUGGCAUCUCCACCUUCUUCCUUUAACCAACCAAUGAAAACUCCCCCUGCAUCAACGCCCUCACCCCCUGCCCCAGUUCCUAUCCCAGGUGGAGGCGUUCCUCUGAACAUGAGGGAAGUGGAGGAGCUGGAGAGAAUGACCAAGGACUUCAUUAAAGACAUGGACACACACGCACCUGUCAUCACCUCCCCUCCUACAGAGGUUUGUGGGAAGUGUGGCGAGGCUCUGUCCCGCACUCAACCAGCAGUGAGAGCCAUGGAUAAACUCUUCCACUCCAACUGCUUCUGUUGCAUGAGCUGUCAUCGCCCCCUGCAGGGCAUGCAGUUCUAUGACAGGGAUGGCUCACCUCAGUGUGAAGACUGUUACAUGAGCUCCCUGGCAGUGUGUUCCCGAUGUGGGGAGAGGAUCACAGAUCGUGUGCUGAAGGCGGUGGGCCAGUGUUUCCAUGCCCACUGUUUCCGCUGCAGCACCUGCUCCUGCAUACUUGAGGGGGCGCCCUUCAUCACCGAUGACAACAACAACCCUUACUGUGUCCAGGAUUACCACAGGCGUUUCUCCCCUCUGUGUGUGAGCUGUAAUGAGCCCAUUGUUCCAGCCCCGGGCAGCGAGGAGACAGUCAGAGUGGUGGCUCUGGACAAGAACUUCCACCUCAAGUGUUACCGUUGUGAGGACUGUGCUCGUCCCCUCUCCAUAGAAGCAGAUGAAAAUGGCUGCUAUCCAUUGGAUGGUAGGAUCCUGUGUAUGAAGUGCCACACCCAGCGAGCCAAGCGAGCUGUGCAGUGAUUGGCUGAAGCAGUGUCGCUCAGUUUAACUAUGAACCAAAUCCAAAAGCACAGGAUUCACUCAGCUACCGUUUUUUGCCUUUGCAACAGGGCUUUAUUCAGUAUACGUGCGCAGGUGUGAAUGUGAAUGUGCUGAGUGAAAACGUUUGCAUGCACAUACGGUGUAGUAUUCCCUCGUCUUUGUCCACUUCAGUGCAGAAGUAAUGUACUGCAUUGAAAUAAACUCCCAUCAUCUUUUACUCUCAAUCUCUAACUCUCCAGUCUCCCAUUUAGCCUCCUUUGUGACCUAUCUGAGCAUAAUUUUUGUGCCAAUUCUAUGUUUACUCUGAAGUUUCCAGCAUAACUUGCACAAGAACAGUUUGAUCAAAAGAGCAGUCUAAUGAACAUAAAGUUGCCUUUCUUUGCCUCUCGCCUCAAUAUUGUUAGUAGCACAUGUACUGAGAUAUUUCCAUCUUAGAGCUCUAACUAGCUGAUCUCUUUCCCUGUGAGUGUUAAUGAGACAGGUUGUUACCAUAGGGUGAGGAGUAUUAAUUCCACAGAUUCACCACUCUGGCUGGCUGUUGAUAGAGCAUAUCUUUACCACUCUGGCAGUUGCCUGCAAGCAUGGUUAAUGAUGCACCCCUGCCUAGAAAGUGCUUCAUAUGAGCCAAUCUACUCUAAUAGAAUUUUAUAGUCGUAGGGCUAAACGUUGACUGCAAAAAAAGAAAAACAGUGAAUGUUGCUCUUAGUUUUUUGUGAUGUGAAUAUGAUCAGUCACAAGCAUGCAUUUAAUUAUGUCUUGUUGUUUUCCUUAUUUGAUCAUACUGUAUAAGGGCAAGAUUAGAGUGAGAAAAAAAUUCUGCCAUUUUCUUGUCAAAAAAUAGUUUAGAGCUGAUUGAACAGUGUUAAGUAUUUUUAGAUGCAUGCUUUUUGGAUGCUGAAAUUAUGAACAAACACACUAGCACAGAUUUGCCACGCACAGAUUCCAUUCCAGGAAUCUCAUAAUUUAAAAACAAUGUAGUUAAGAAUAUCAGCUGCAUGGCUGAAAACAGGACCUAUUAUGUGAUCGUUGCACAGUUUCAUAGUGAAAUAAAAUAUCCUUUUAGCGUCACUUUGACUCUAAAGCCCCUGCACAUGAUACAUUUUAAGUAAAUGCCAUCUAGAAACAUACUAGUGUAGUUUUUGAUACGCAUUUUCCUGGAAUUUUUUGCUUUAAAUAAUAUAAUUUAAGGACAUUUUUACUAUUAUGUGUUAAGGUUACAUGUGCACCAGUGCUAAAAUAACCUGUGGUGACAGCAGAAUAAUAGAUCAGUGGAGGUGGUAGCUUAGAGCUUUAGGUAACGGAAAAAAAACAUAGUGACCAAAUAAUUCAAAGCUGUUUGUGAGAUUUAGGUUACUAAAACAAUUACAUGGGAUUCAAUGGUUUUUUAAAUCACUUUUUCUGUGUUUGAGCCCAGUCUUGAUCUAUUCUGUUGAUACUUUAAAUACCACUAUUCUUUCCAUUAUUCAUCUUUUGUACUUCAGUCAGUUCAGUCGGUUAUAUACUAUUUUAUUCUAAACGUUACUGUACUGUAUUUCAGUGAUAAAUGCCUACAGUUAUUUGUUUUCAUUUUAACCUGGCAAUGUGCCUUCUCCACUCUCUCCUUUAUUCCAUUGUUUCCUUCUGAAUUGAGCCUGAUCUGCGGCCACAGAAAUGAAUUCCACGAUAAGAAAAUUGUUGUUACUUGUGCUUGCAUUGAGCCUGGUGCUGUAUAACACCAGAAUGACUAACAAAACAUGGCAAUAGUGAUUCAGCAUUGCAUGCUAACUGUGUAGGCGGUGGUGGCAUUUCCUCUAGUAUUAUGUCUUUUGUUUGCACCGACUUACUCCACCUUUGUGGCCCUGCCUUUGUCAUCACCAUGUGAUAUUAUACAUAUGAUGAUGCCUUCACAGUUGCAUUUAUCUGGCAUUUUGUUGUGUUAUGUCCUAUUGUGUUACAUGCGGAUGCCUUGUCUUUUCAUAUAACUUUUUUAUAAAUUCCUGUUCGAUAUGUGUGUGAAUGCGUGUAUGUUUAAAAACAUUAUUUAGCCCCACCCCUCCCUCCUCUGGGUGUAUCAAAACAUAAACAAACAAAUAAAUAAAAUGCUAAAUACCAAAA